AUGAUAGUGAUAGAGGAAACACUGGAUGUGGCAGCAGCUGAACCGUCAGAGCGUCUGGAGAGAAGACACCAAUCGGUCCUCAGGACGAUCCGGGACCAGAGACAGGACGAGAAACGCUACGACCCCAGAGACACGACUCUGAAAUUCGUCAACAGGCCGGAUGACCUGGAUCCACUGCCGCCGGAGGAGGGAGACCCGGGCUUCAGAGCAGAGAUGUCCUGCGGUCACGCCGUCACUCCGGAGUCUCUGACCGGAUGGUGCUGCAGCCUGCUGGAUCAGGGCCAGUACAAAUUUAAGUGCCCUGCACUGAAGGAUGGCACUUUGCUCAAGUGUGGUGCAGUGUGGUCUUACCAGGAGGUGCGCAGGCUGGCGGUGCUGACAGCUGAAGAGAUGCAGUACUUCGAGGAGAACAUCGCUCGUAUGGCUGCAGCAGAAUACUGUGAAUUCAAAUCAUGUCCUGGUUGUAAAACCUACCUGGAGAGGAUGGACCUGACCAACCUCUGUGUGCAGUGCACGGUGUGCACAGCAGACAAGAAGAAGGUGUACCAGUUCUGCUGGCAGUGUUCGAAACCGUGGAAAGGAACUGCUCCAACCGCAGAUCGCUGUGCCAACGAGGGCUGCGUCAACCACGACCUGGAGCUCCUGAAGAACUGCAAGCUGAUCGACCUACGUGAUGUGCAGGGAGUGACUGAUUGUCCCUCCAUCCGGGCCUGUCCCACCUGCGGUCAGAGGGUGGAGCAUGACAAAACAGGCUGCAAGACCAUCCUCUGUCCUUUCUGUCAGAUCGAGUUCUGCUUUGUGUGCCUGAAACUCACCUCGGAGUGCCUGAAGACCAGCACUCACUUCCAGAAAUGCAGUGCUGGUGUGGCUCCAAAGCAAACAUCUAUCCCGAUGUGGCGCAGAAACUAAGAGGCAGCAUGCACCAGCAUCUAUUUCCUGUUAUCAACAAUAUCAAAAUUACUUUCAUUUUCUUUGCACUGAAAAUCAAAUGUUUUACAA